UUCUUGUUAAUUUGAGUGAUGAGUUAGCAGUCACCUCGAAACUAGUCAUCCUCUCUCUGCGAUCUGUAAAAAAACCGACCAACAUACCAGCUUAGUGGGCAGUGACUACCACUGCCAAAAUGCUCCCACCCCUAUCACCACCGUAACCACUGCCACUUUCUCCGCCUACUUAAUCUCACUAAUGGCUAGCACUGAAGAUCCCAACAAGCCUAAUUCUACUUUCGACUCCUCUUCCCCCUCGGAGCCUCUUCUCUCCAAACCCCCCUUCUUUCCUUCUUUUCCUCCUCCCUCUCCAAUCGAAGAAGCCACCCAGCCCCUCCCAGAUGAAUCCGACCCCAGCCAGUACCUCCAAAUCUCUUACAAUUCUGGUCCGAGACCCUUCAAGGAUCUUCCCUUUCUCAUUCUCUUUGCACUAUGUGUUCUUUGCACUUUCGCUUUUGGAAUCUUCUCUAUUUUCCACAGAAACCCAAAUUACAACAAUCUUUCUUCCUAUACAUACGAAUUCAACUCAACUUCUUGCGUGAAGGACUCGCUGUUUUCUUCCACUAAUGGUUUUUUCGAAACCCAUGCGUAUUAUUACUUCUUGAGUUCGUCGAAUUCCGGUUUUUGGAAGGCUUUGAUAUGGAGCCUUGUAAUUACUUUGAUUUUUAGUACGCCCAUUUGUUUUCUUUUGCUUUUGUUGCUCAAGCAUUACACCAAGCAGAUUGUGUACAUCUCGCUUCCCUUCUUUAUUAUUAUUCCCAUCUUUUUUAAUGUUUAUUGGUUUGUUGCCUGCACAGUUAGCUCUUCUUGCAGCGAUGCGUUGCCCUUGGUUUAUAGGAUUUUGGUGCUGGUUUUUGUGUUCUUGGUUAUUGGGGUCAUUGUUUGGAUUUUUGUAGCUAAUUGGCAUAGAAUUGAGUUGACUGUGAUGAUAAUUGGGGUUGCCUCGGAUGCGCUUUCGAAGAAUUUGGGGUUAUUUGUGGCCUUACCGUUAUUGACAUUUAGUUUAGUGGUUUAUUAUGCUCCAAUUAUAGUGUUUUUGGUGUUUGCAAGGCUGAAUGGAAAAAUUGUGCCAAAGGAAUCAAGUAGUGAGUGCACUUGUGUUUGGAAGCAGGAUAGCUGGGUGCCUGCGUACUAUGCAUUGGCAAUUCUUACAAUGCUGUGGUCUUUGACUGCAAUGAUCGAAGCUCAGGUUUAUGUGAUCAGUGGGACUAUUGCUCAGUGGUACUUCACGAAGGAGGAUUCAGCUCCUAAGCGAAGUAUUAGAAGUUCUUUGAGAUCUGUUGGUUUAAUGGUUUUGAUGGUGUCAUGCUUGGUUCUAAGCUUCAACUCCAUUACCCUAUAUUUGCCAUUUGAUUGUUUUGUGCCAUAUAUUGCUGAUCAUGACAAGCAUGUAGGAUGGCCCUCUAUUAGAGAGCACAGAAAUGCAUUUGGCCCCUCCUUUGGAACUGUAUGCCUAUCUGGACUACUUAUUUGUGUUGUUCGUACGGUGCGUGCUGCUGUUGAUAGCGCAAGACAAGAGGAUGUUCCUGGAAUGGUGAACCUUAUAUUGCGGUGUUGUGUUAAUGCAUUACUGUCAGCAGUAGAUUUUCUUAACAAGUUCACAAUCAACUUCGCAGCAAUAACUGGUAAAGCGUACUGCAUCUCUGCAAGGAUGACAUAUGAGCUCUUAAAACGCAAUCUGCUCUCUGCUGUUUUUGUGGAGACUGUCUCAUCUCGUUUGUUGGCUGGAAUUGCCUUCGUCCUCUCAGCAAUAUAUGCAAUUGUGGUUUGUGCCAUCUUGAAGGGUGCGAUCAAUCUUGGGGUUGACUCAUAUCUUGUAUCUUUUCUUGCAUGGAUGCUUUUGAUAGUGGUUCUGGGCUUCUUUGUCCGUGUGCUGGACAAUGUGAUUGACACUAUUUAUGUAUGCUAUGCCAUAGAUAGAGAUAGGGGCGAGGUUUACAAACAAGAUGUUCAUGAGGUUUAUAUUCACUUGCCCAUCAGCAGAAACCAUAGAUCGCUUAUUGUUCCGAGAACUCACGAUGUAUGAUAAAAAUCCUUGACCUAUCAGGUGCUGCCGUUUGUUUGUCUUUUGUUAUUUUGCAUGUAACUGCCAGUUGACAAGUUGUGCAUACUUCCAAUUGAUGUAUUGUCAUUUUUGACGCUUGUUCAAUAAAGAGAGAAGUUUCCAGGCAA